AUGUCUGUCUCGUUUUUCAGAACUCUCAAGAACGUGUGGAGAAAUGGUCUCCGUCGUUCUGGCCGUCAAGUUGCCUACAUGAACGACACCAAGUCUGGUACUCUUGUUGGAGAAGACGACUUUGGCAAUAAGUACUACGAGACCAACGACCCUGCCGAAAUCCACAUGAGAACAAGAUGGGUCGAAUACAAGGACUUUUGGAGAUACGACGCAUCCCAUGCAGAGCCGGGCUGGCAUUACUGGUUGGCCUACGGUACUGACGUUGCGCCAAACAAACUCAAAAAGGACGAAGUUGCAGUUAGACACAUUGCUCCACAGGCCCACCAUCCGGUCAAUUUGACCUUCACCAAGGGCGCAUUUGUUCCAUACAAUACGGCAAAGCCAAAAUACCAAGCUUGGGAACCAAAGGUCAACCAAAGAGCUUGA